AUGAUCAUCCAGCUGCAUGAAAACCAGCGUGGCCAAGUUAGGUUAAACAGCCAUCACUCCGAAUCUUUCCCAAUCACAAACGGUGUGAAACAGGGUUGUGUCCUUGCACCGACGCUGUUCAGUAUCUUCUUCAGCGUAAUGCUCAAGCAGGCCAUGGAAGGUCUUGAUGAAGACGAGGCUGUCUACAUCCGCUACCGCCUCGAUGGCAGUCUAUUCAAUCUCAGGAGACUGCAGGCCCACACAAAAACUUGUGAGCAAAUAUUUAGAGACCUUCUCUUUGCCGAUGAUGCUGCCCUCGUUGCCCAUACCGAAAGAGCCCUGCAGUGCUUGACAUCCUGCUUUGCGGAGGCUGCUCAACUCUUCGGACUCGAAGUCAGCUUGAAGAAGACGGAAGUCCUCCAUCAACCUGCACCCCGGGAAGAGUACCGCCUUCCUCACAUCACUAUUGGCGAGACUGUGUUGAAGAGCGUUCACCAGUUUACCUACCUGGGAUGUACAAUUACUUCAGACGCCAAGAUUGACAGGGAAGUAGACAACAGACUGGCCAAAGCUAACAGUGCCUUCGGCAGACUGUACAAGCGGGUCUGGAGAAAUAAGCAUCUGAAAAGGGGCACCAAGAUCAGCGUAUACAGAGCUGUUGUCCUCACCACCCUACUGUACGGUUCUGAGUCGUGGGUAACUUACCGCCACCACAUGCGACUCCUGGAGCGUUUCCAUCAGCGCUGUCUCCGGAUCAUCCUCAACAUUCACUGGACCGACUAUGUCACAAAUGUUGAGGUCCUUGAACAGGCGGAGAUCCCCAGUAUCGAGGCCAUGCUGCUGAAGACUCAGCUCCGUUGGGCAGGACACAUCUCAAGAAUGGAAGACCAUCGCCUGCCCAAGAUAGCCCUGUACGGCGAACUUUCUACUGGCAAUCGUGACAGAGGGGCUCCAAAGAAACGCUUCAAGGACAUCCUGAAGAAGUCCCUCGGUACAUGCCAUAUCGAUCAUUGCCAGUGGUCUACUCUGGCUGCUGACCGUGCUAGCUGGCGACAUAUAGUCCAUCAGGCUGCCUCUUCUUUCGAGGAAUCCCGAAAAGAUCACCUGAGGGAGAAACGUCGCCGCAGAAAGAAUCGCGAAGCCUCAGCAGCCACACCAAACGUGACUUUUGACUGCGGCCGCUGUGGCCGGGCCUGUCUAUCACGUAUUGGCCUUGUGAGUCACAUGCGUGCCUGCAGUCGACGUGGACUGCCUUUAUAA